UUUUGGAUAUGAUACUAAAAGUGUAAGCAACAAAAGCAAAAGUAAACAAGUGUGACUAUAUCAAGUUAAAAAGCUUCUGCAUGGCAAAAGAAACAAUCAGCAAAAUAAAAGGCAAUCUACAGAAUGGGAGAAAAUAUUUAGAAACUGUUUUCCAUAGGGAAAAACCAACAAUCUAGUUUAAAAAUGGGCAAAGGUCUCUUUCUGCCAUUGUGGAACCUGUGGAGGCCUUCUGGGAACAGGACUCCUAAAAUGACAAAUAUGUCUGGAAAGCUGUGGUCCAAGGCCAUUUUUGCUGACUAUAUGUGGGGUCUCCAGAACCAGAGGGAGCACACAGCUUUUCUUAAAAUUGAAAAUGUUUAUGCUCAAGAUGAAACUGAAUUCCAUUUAGGCAAGAGAUGUGCUUAUGUGUACAAAGCAAAGAACAACACAGUUACUCCUGGUGGCAAACUGAACGAAACCAGAGUAAUCUGGGGAAAAGUAACUCAUGCUCAUGGAAACAGUGGCGUGGUUUGUGCCAAGUUCCAAAGGAACCUUCCUCCUGAAGCCAUUGGCCCUAGAAUCCUUGUGAUGCUCUACCCCUCAAGGAUUUAAACCUACUGAAAAGUAAAUAAAUAAAAGUGCAGAUUUGGAAAAAAAAAAAGGCAAAGGACUUGAAAAGGCAGUUUUUCCAAAGAAGACAUACAAUGGCCAAUAGGUACAUGAAAAGAAAGCUGGACAUCACUGAUCCUCAUGGAAAUGCAAAUCAAAACCAUAAUGAUAUCUCACCUCAUACUGGUUAGAAUGGCUAAAAUCAAAAAGACAAGAGACAACAAGUGUUGGCAAGGCUAUGGAGAAAAGGAAAUGGUUGUGCACUGUUGGUGGAAAUGUAAAUAAAUAUAGCCACCAUGGAAAACAAUAUGUAGGUUCCUCAAAAGAUUAGACGUAGAACUACCAUUAGAUCCAGCACUCCCGCUUCUGGAUAUCCCAAAGGAAUGAAAACACUAUCUUGAAGAGAUAUCUGUACUCCCAUGUUUAUUGUGGCAUGAUUUUUAAUAGCCAACAUGUGGAAACUACCUAAGUAUGUAUCAACGCAUAAAUGGAUAAAGAAAUGUAGUAUGUAUACAUAAACAAUGAAAUAUUAUUCAGCCAUAAGAAAGAAGGAAAUCCCGCUUUUUUUUUAAAAAAAGAUUUUGUUUAUUUAUUUGACAGAG